AUGCUGGACUUGAUGGGCCUUGAUCCAGUAGCCAGGCUCCUCUUACGUUCUAAAGUAAUUAUAUUUCUGUCUGUUCUGCAGACACUGACCCUAGAUGCCUCGUCCAUGUCCUACCCGUCCAAUGACAUCUGCAGCGCUGGCACAGAGGGCAUCCAGCAGUUUCUGUGUGGAGAAUUAGGAAUCGAGUACAAUCCUCCCUCCCAGUAUUUACUCCCAGUGUUGGAACGUGACGGAGGUGAGAUUUCGGUGGACGGAGUCGGCAGGAUGGUCAUGAAAUAUGCGGAGAAUGAGGCUGAGUGGCAGGUAGUUGCUGAAAAGCAGGCAGUGGUCUUCAAGUCAGGGAUGGGGAGCGUAUGGCUCCCCCAGCUUGUUCCAUUUCUUCACUGGAUCCGCCAAUUUCUGUGGGACAGUAUUAUUUACGUACACGAGUGGCCGUCAUAUAAUAAUGAUGAUGAUGAUAGUGCCAUCUGA